AUGUCCCAUAUUGUCCAUUCGCUCGAGCACGCGGUCGAGGCCGGCGUCAAGGGCAUCAUCGGCAUCGCCGAGGGCUACAUGGGUGCUGCUCCCAGCUCGUGCGGCGGCACUCCAGCCGCCGAGAGCCUCAACCCCCAUGAACCUCAACCACAACCUCCACAGCCCGCCGUGUCCACGUCUUCUACCGCCGCCGCCGCCAGCGCCUCCAGUGCCGCUGCACCAAUCCCCAUCGCUGGAGAGCAACAAGCGCACGCGACCACCUCUUCCUCUGCCAACCUUUCUGUUUCCUCCUUGGCCGCUCAGCGCGUCUCGCGACUAGGACUCCAGCAAGAGUCGCUGGUUCAGCUUGCAGACGUUCAGAGCGGCUGGAUCCACCUCCAGUCCACCUACCUCGACAGUGCGGGUGGCCAACGCCGCGUUCGCAGUUUUGGUCUGCGCAAUGUGUCGUCAGGACCCGUAGACGUCGAAGUCGGGUCUGACCUCGGUCCCCAAGUCGUGUUCUGGGUGGCCGAGGACAACUCCGACGUUCCCGAACCAUCGUCAUCGUCUUCGGUAUCGUCAAUGUCCAGCUCGGCGGGGGCUCCGUCUAUCAACCUGUCCAUCCCACCAGGGUCCGCGACGACCGUCUUCCUUGCAUUCCAGCCCACGACGUCCAGGCCACCAACACCUGGUACGUCGACCCCAUCAAGUGACGGCGGGUUUACGCCCCGCGUGGUCGCCGCCGCCGCCCCGACGACUAAUGCCGAUCUGUCGCCCCUUCCUGGCAGCCAUCGUCUGCCCUCCGCCACUAUACAGAGUGGGAGCAUGUUCUCGGACUUGUCGUCGCAGCCCGCGUCCUCGGUUGCGUCGGGCGUGUCGGGUCUCUCGCUUCCUGGCAGUGGCCACACAUCCGGGUCGACCGGUCCCCGUCGAAAUGACCCUGUUCACCGUUCCUUUUCGGUGCACGGCAGUGUCCUCGUUCAUGCAACCACCCAGGAUACUGGUGGCGACGACCUUCUCACCCUCAGCCCCAGUCCCGUGCAGCAGGCGCACCAGAACAUCUCCUUGCCCUUCUUCGCCACAGUGUGUCGUUCCUUCUUCUCGGCGGCUGUUAUCGACCCAUCGACAGGUCUCGCUGCCAGUGCGCAGCUGAGUUCGGGCCAGCUGUCGAUCGAUUUCGGUACCGACAAUGUCGUUGGCAACGAGGUCCAUCGCGACAUUCUCCUUGUGAACCGCUCAGAGAUUGACCUGGUGUGGACCACUUCGGUCCUCAACUCGAGCUUCAAGGACAGCGUGUGGUUUUCGCUGCGCGACCUCGACUCUGAAAACGUGUUUGGUGUCGAGACAUCGACCGACCCCGUCCCCCUCCCAGCGUUGUCCAGCAGACAUCUUCGCCUCGAUCUGCGACCACUCAUCCCUGUCGCCGACUUCGAGUUUGACUUUGUCAUCUCCAACGCCCACCAGACUGGCAACGUCGUGACCUGUAAGGCCUUGGGUUCGUGCCAAGCCACGGCACAAGACGACACGCUGCGGAUCCAGAGCGGUUCAACGAUCGACUUUGGACAGAUUCCCGAUGGGACCUGGGCGAAGAAGCUCAUUGCUACCAAGAACAUUGGGGACCGUCCGAUCGACGUUCAUUUCUCGGCUACCCCAGGUUACGAGGUGGUUUUCCGUCUAGCCGGUGUGGCGGGUGAGGAUAUCGAUGAAGACGUGCCCAUUCGCCCAAGAGAUAAGCGAAUGGAGACACUGUCUCGCACGUCUACGCGCGAUACGCGUGACAGCGGCGGCGCUCGUGGACGUGAAAUCUCGGGCGCCGCUUUCCGCUUCCCACUCGACAUGGUGUCUCAGGGGUCGAGCACCGGCGGCCGGUCUGCGCUGUUCAACGAGGCUGGCUCGGUGUCGAGCGGGCCGUUUGAGACAGACGAGUGGGCUACCACGGCCAGUGACCGUGAUAGCUCCAUGCCGCCAUCCAGACCCCUGUCGCGCGUGACAUCACGAGGAUCAAGUUACCGGCCGUCGCGCACCGAAGAGUCGGACGACGACGAGCAGUCUCCCCAGACCUCACAACCUUUGGACGGGCCAGACAUCGGCCGAGGCGGUGACAACCAGAACCUCGGCGACCGUGACAUCCCCAACCAGAUUGAGGAGCUCACCAUGCGUCCUGGUACAGAGUACCGCGUCUUUGCCAUGUACCGCCCAGCCCGUGACCUCGUCAACCCUCCCGAGAUUGCCGGCAGCUUGCGCACGUCAACCUUCAAGGUAUUCCUCGACUCGGCACCCAUCUCGCAGCGGUCGCGUCCCAUUGCGCGCUCGCGCAAGGUGAUUCACUGCACGGCCGAGUCGUGUACCUCGAUCGUGACCAUUCCCUCGGGCAAGUUUAUCGACUUUGGCGAGGUCACUGUUGGCGCGUCCAAGUCGACUACCUUUGAGGUCCAGAACCUCAGCGCCAUCUCGGCCCGUGUCGAGGUCGCGGCCAUCUCCAAGGUGUUGAUGACGAACCGCAAUGUCAUUGUCAUCCCGCCAUACGAGACGGUGACGGAGCGUCUCGACUUUUUCCCGCGCCGUAUCAAUGACCGAUACGAAAAGCAGGUCUUUGUCCGCAACCACCUGAACCGCGCCAACAACCAGUUGAUCGAGGUGCGGUCCAAGAACGUCGACGUGUACAAUGUCACCCUCCACUCGCACCUGUACCGUAUCCUGACGCCGUCGGGCUCCAACUUUCUCGACUUUGGGUCGGUCGUCGUCCACUCGCCUACGCUGCGUACUGUCCAGUUCCAGAACCUCACGCACAAGCCGCUCGUUCUCGACCUCUCGGCAUCAGACCCCGAGGACAUUCAGCUGUUUGUCAAGAGGGCCGACGCACCCAUCACACAUGCCAAGCCCCCUUGCAAACAGAUUCUUGCUCUGGACGCCGAGCGACCGCCCCAGAACGGCGGUAACCUCAAGGAACGCUUUGUCGAGUCCCUCGAGGACCGCGGUACUGGCGAGACCAAGGCGCCUACCAAGUCCAAGGCUCGGGACAAGAGCGCCACCAGGGAGAAGAAGGAUGGCGACAAGCUGUCUCUUGGCGCCUCGCUCGCUUCUGCACUCAAGAAGGGUGGACGCGGCAAGCCAGUCCAGAUUUACGGCAACGCCGUGGUCUUUAGGGACCGCAGUCUGCUCGACGACCACGAGUACCUGGACUUGGCGUCUGGUCCCCCUUGUUCAACGCACCACAAGACGUUGCCGUCGUCCAAGCGCUCCCAUCUCCUGGAGACUAUUGCCCAUGAAGACCCGCGCACCCUCUCUGGCCAGCAUCCCAAGGUCCCCAAGCUCGACUUUGCGGCGUCGGCCAAGUCGAGUGGUCUCGUGAGCAAAGAGGUCAAGGCCAAGAAGAGCAAGUCGACUUCCGGGAUCAAGCGCGAGGCAACAACGCACAAGCCGGCCACGCCCGCCAAGGCGGUCAACACUGGCAGGAGUGGUGAGGCGCCUACCAGCCCGCUACUGGCACCGAUCCUGCGUACGCCCCUCGCCAAGGAGGCGGCUGGCACCAAGUCGCCCGCCCUCACUGGCAAGCGUAUCGAGCUCAAAACGGACCCGGCGACCGUCUCGGACGUCGCCAAGCUCACGCCCGACGAGCUCAUUGUCGCAAUCGAGCACCACGACGCGCGCCGCAACCUGUCGGCUGUCACGCAUUUCACCGCCGACGAGGAAGAACAGUACGUGCGCCGCCUGCUUGCCCUUCGCAAGGAACUGGCCCAUGCCACUCGCGACGGCAAGUUUUUGCCCUGCCACACUCUCACGGUCCCGCCUGGGUCGUCACGCCAAGUGGUUGUCAUUAUGACUCCUGCUGGAUCCACACGCGCCCACAUCACCACGCGUGCCAAGCGCUGCGAGUCACGGAUCAACAUCAAGGUGCUCGACUAUGAAAAGUCGGUGAUUGAGACGGCCAUGGGCCCGCACGCGACCCUGUCGCAGCUUCCCGUGCGCGACCUGAUCAUCCGGUCGUCGUGUGUGCGCUCCGUGCUCGAGGUCCAGCAGUCGUCCAUCAACUUUGGCACCUGCGAGCGGGGCGACGUGAAAUCACGCACCAUUGUGAUUCACAACAAGAGCGACUGUGUCGGCAUCUUCCGGAUGCGGACUUCAGGGUCCAUUGCGUCAGGGAACCUAAAGCUCGGACUGGGCAGGUACGGUGUCGUGUCAGCGUUUGGGCGGAAAGAGGUUGCAUCAUUCUCUUUCACACCGUCCAUGGUGGGCAACUAUCAAGAGACCAUUUUGGUUGAAAACGUCCUCGACUCGCACAACGACCAAAACGUCCUCGUCAAGGCUACGGUACGCAAGAUGCCCGCGUUCUCGCUCGACGUGACCAAGCUCGACUUUGCGCCCCCUGCUGUGGGAGCGUGGCCGGCCUCCACGGGCUUUGUGAUUACCAACACGUCCAAGACGGAGCGUACUUUUGUCGUCGAGACCGAGGCGGCGGCUGCCGAUGUCGCUGCCGCUUCGUUUGCCGAGCUGUCGCUGUCCCGCGACGAAAAGGACGCCGGCGUCGCCCUGUCCCAGGGCGAGGAGGAGGAGGUCGAGGGCCUGCUGCAAAAGCUCAAGAUUGCCCGGCGCAAGAACAAGCCCGACAAGAUUGCAAAGUACGAGAAGCGUCUUGGCGAGCUUGGUGUUGUCACUGCUUCGUCCGAGGACAGCGGCUCGACGGAUGCCGAGGACGCGACGGAGAGCGGCGCAGCGACCCCGCCUGUCGGUGAGGUGGCGUCGGUGCCGUCCAUCAGCAUCACGCUGGGCCCGAGCAAAAAGGCAAAGGUCCUCGUCAACCUCGUGCCGAGGACGGGAUCGGGCGCGUUUGCGUCCACGAUCAAGGUGUACGAGCGCAAGAACACGGACGAGACCGUCACCAUUGACGUUUCGGGCUCGCCCAACCCCGUCGCGGCCAUUACGCCAGUGUCGUCGUCGUCAUCUUCCACUCAGGACCCGCUCAACCUCGCGAUCAUGCGCCACUGCCUUCAACUCACCAUGCAGUGCCCCGUGUCGCCCACGGCCUUUUGUGUCGGCUCGACUCUGUUCUUGCCCGUCACGUCGCCGUACUAUACCCAGCUCGAAGCGCACUUCCCCACGUUCGCCGACCCGACGACGCACCAGCCUGCGGGCCUGCUGCUUGCCGACGGCUACUCGCGCCAGAUCCCAGGCAACACGCACGCCGAGGCCAACGCGCUUGUCAACUUUCGCGAAAAGCUCGUCGAGCUCGACGACGCCGCCACCGCCGCCAGUCCGCAGGGCACGCACAUGCCCGCUGCCGAGGACAUUCUGUCGCAGGCGUCGUGCUUUGCGACGAUGGAGCCGUGCUCGCUGCGCACGUCGGGUGGGCCCAGCUGCGCGCUCGAGUUGGUCCGCGCCAAAGUCCACAGCGUGUACCUCGGCGUCGAGGAGCCGCCUGAUUUCGUCCAGUGUGAGGGUGUGCGUAUCCUCGAGCAGGGCGGCGUGGACGUGCACCGCGUCGUGGGGCUCGAGGACGAGUGUCUGCGCCUGGCGCGGCGUGGAAGGACACGCGGCACGUGGCGAGGCGGUCCACCGGGCUCAGCAGGGUAUUCGCGCGGCGGCGGCGCGGGCGGCGGUUCGGGUCGAGACAAGCAGCCAGAUGACAAGCCUGGCGGCAAGGGCUUCCAGACAGACACGGACAUCUCGGCUUCGGGACGUGGCAGCGAGCGCGAGCUCAAGCCAUGGAGUCCCGAAGAGGACCACAGCGGGCCCAACGGUGCCAAUGGCGCUUCGGGGUCGGGCUCUGCGACGACGGGCGCGGCGGCGGUCCGCGACGCUCUCACGUUUGGCAUGGGCUCCAGCUCGGUGCCGUGGGACCAGUUUGAGACCAACGCCCGCCUCUUUGGCGCAAAGACCGACUACGAUGAGGAGUUUUACACCACAAAGCUCGACCGGUCGGGCGCGGGCUACAAGAAGCGCGAACGCGACGCUGAUCGUAUGGCCGCCGAGAUUCUGUCGAAAACGGCCACCAACCCCCACCUUGCCGAGGAGCGUGGCCAGGCGACCCCUGGCGGCGAGCACAAGGACGAAGAGGAAAAGUACUCGGGCGUCACUCGCGGCCAGAACGCAUAUGUUCCCCCUGGCGCUCGCCGCUCUGGUGGUCCUGCUACGCCUGCCGGUGUGCCCAAGGACACCAAGGAGGCCGCCGUCGUCGGCGCCGCCCCGGUUGCCAAGACCAACGGCACGCCGAUUCAGAUCCUCUCGCCCAUUGCUCUGCCUGCGGCUCCGGCAUCGGCCUCGAUCCCAGCCAACGCGCCAGUUCCCUCCCCAUCCCCCGUCCCAGCGUCUGGCACUCGCUCGUCUGCAGACCCCAUCAUCGACCCCGCCAUCGCGUCGCUGGGCCCCGCGCCGCCUUCUGGAGCUUCGAUGGCCCGUAGCACUAGCUCGGUGCCUCAGCAGGCUAACGGCGAGGCAGGUGCGGGCGCUCCCAAGGCACCCAUGGGCGCCGUGUUGGACCAGGCCCGCCAGUUUGUUGAAUCCGAGCGUGAGCGCGCCACGGCCCGCAAGCAGGUCAUGGUCAAGACGGAGCGUGCGCACGUCCUUGCCGACCUCAAGUCGUGGCAGUCACAGUUCAAGGUGCCUCUCCCGAUUCCAAAGGACAUUUUGCCCAUUCUGUCCAAGGACGAGGCCAAGCAAAAGCAGAUUGAGACCAAGGCCGACAAGGCCCUGCUCGAGAUUGAGGAGCACAAGAAGCUUGCCAAAUCGCCAAAGCCAGUGGCUGCCGUGCCGUCCACUCCCGAGACGCCCAAGCAGUCACCCGGCGGCGUCAAGAAGAUUCCUAUGAAGAUUCCAGAGAUCCCGCCCUUCCGCAAGAGGGUGCCGCCUGCCGUGCCCGUCCCCGAGACGGCCGCGCAGAACAUUUCGAUCAUGACCUCGCCCACUCCCUCGCACUCGUCGAUCACCUCGGGAGGUGCAGCCGCAAAGCUCAACCCCAACGCAUCGGCGUUUGUGUUCAAGCCCAACCCGUCCGCUGCCGCGUUCAAGCCCGCCGACGCUGCCGCAGCCGUCGUCUCGCCAGCAUCCGGCGCUGCCAAGCUUCCUGCUAUCCCUGCGCACGCGGCCCCUCCUCCCCCUCCUGCAGCUGCAGCUGCACCUCCCGUCGCCGCUGCCCCUGUCCCUGCUCCUGUCGCCUCGCCUGCUGCCGGUGCCGCUGCCCCUCCCCCUGCAGCUGCGGCCUCGACCUCGGCGUCGGCGUCGACCAAGCAGCAGAACCCUUUCUACAAGGACGGCCCGCCCAAGAGGAUAGUCGUGGACCCCCGCAGCGACUUUAACCCCUUCAAGAACGCAGCGGGCCACCAGGUGCCCCAGGCCAACACCGUCCCCGCAGCGUGGCCAUACACUGGGCGUCGCUCGUCGAUUGCAGCGUUCAACACCCCGCUGCACCCCAUGGCCAUGCAGCCUGGCGGCGGCGGCUUUGACGGCGAGGACCCCUCGAGCCCCCACCAAGGCCCGCCUCCUAUGCUCCAGGGCCUCCCACCCAACAUGCUCCCCUUCUACCGCUACCAGCCCGGCAUGCCACCGCAGGUGCAGGGCGGCAUGAUGGCCGCACCAAUGUUCAGCCCGGGCCCCAACGUCUUCCCUCAGCAGAUGGGCUCGCCUCACCUCGGCCAGCAGCCUCCACAGGGCCCCAACGGCAUGCCAAUGUACUUUUCCAAUGGCAUGCCGCCCAACGCCCACUUCAUGCCUCCGCAAAUGCACUUCCACCCCAACGGUCCCGGCCGGCCCGGCCCGGGACCCAUGUACUUCCAGGGUGGCCAGAUGCCGUCGCAGCACCAGGCCCAGCAGAGUGAGCCAGCUGAUUCAGAGUUGACAUGGGGAGGACCCACCACAGCUGACGCGCAUCUUUCAGUGCAGCAGCAGAUGUCGUUUGCAGGGCAGACGCCGCCCCAGCCCCACUUCCAGCAGACAUUGCCUCCACAGGGCGGUGGGCCGCAGGGCCCGCCGCCACAGCAACAGCAACAGCAACAGCAGCAGCAGCAACAACAACAACAGGCAUUUGAGAGCUCGGCGGCGCAAUGA